GACUAUAUAAUCUUUAGCAAAUCAGUUCAGAGAAAAAAAAACAAAGAAAAAUAUAUUUUUCCGAUUUCUCUCGUUCAAUUCAAAUUUCAAAAUCCCCCUUUGAAUUUUUUUCGGGAAGCUUUAUGCCUAUGGCGAAGAAGUCGGUUUCGGAUCCAAGCUCCACGAAUCUCGGAGGAGCCUUGGGCUCCAUGGACGAGGUCACCAAGGUGUUCAACAAGUUCGACAAGAACGGCGACGGCAAGAUUUCCGUCAACGAGCUCGGCGACGCGCUCGGCGAACUCGGCGGCAAGGUCUCCUCCGACGAGGUCCGCCGCAUUAUGGCGGAGAUCGAUAAGGACGGCGACGGAUUCAUCGAUCUCGACGAGUUCGCCGAGUUUCAUCAAGACGUGUCGGCGACCGGCGGAGGAAACAAAGAUCUGCAGGACGCUUUCGAUCUGUACGACAUCGACAAGAACGGCCUAAUCUCGGCGAAGGAGUUGCAUUCCGUGCUGAAGCGGCUCGGCGAGAAAUGUAGCCUGAAGGAUUGCUGCCGGAUGAUCAGUUCCGUCGAUGUCGACGGCGACGGCCAUGUAAAUUUCGAGGAGUUCAAGAAGAUGAUGACGCGCAGUUAGAAUCCGCCGGAAGAGGUAGUAGGUCUAUCUAGAACUAAAAUCAGGUACUCUCAGUCGUUUCUUAGUGUACAGUCUGUGAUCCUAUUUCUUCAUCCUUUAGCAAGAACUUGACCUCCGAUUUUAGAUCGUAAUCGUAGAUCUUCUAGUUCGGAAGAAAAAGAUUAUCAUCUCUCUAAUUGAAUAUGCUUUCGAAUUGAUUCUGACUUCUCCGGCUCGAUUCUCUCUCAUUUAACCGAUUCCAAUCUCCGAUUCUAGAUCUUAAUCGGAGAUCUUCUAGUUCUUCACUCCACUGAAAUGAAGAAGAAAAGAUUAUCAUCUCUCUCUAAUUGAAUAAUAUGAUUCCGAUUUCUCCGGUUCGAUUCGGUUUCGUUCCUUACCUAAACGGAUGAAUUCGAAGUUGUCGCAAAAUUAAAUUGGCAUUAACUCUGUUUUCCUGAAUUUGUGGCAUCGGAAAUCUGAUUGGUGAUUGAUUGAAGCAAUUGAAUGGUGUUGUUUUUGUGGUGGUUGAUUGAGGCCGAAAUCGGUGGAGCCAUUGAAUUGAAUUUUCCUUUUUCUUCUCUGGCGAUGAAUUCGUUUGAUUUUGUGAGAUCCACGUGGGAGUUUGAGUUGGGUCAUAAGGCAUAUUGUUGGUGGUGUGAUAACUGAUAAUGAAUGAGAGACAUUGCUUUAUCUUUAGGGCGAAGCAUAUAACCA